UAAAAUAAAUAAAAAACAAUACAAUAAAAAUUAUUAAAAUCAAUAAAAAUUGACAUUACAAUAAAAAUUAAAUAAAUAAGUAAAAAUUAAGAAUACAAUAGAAAUUAAUAAAAGAGUGUUGGAAUUUAUGUGACACGAACCGUCUCGAACUUGUAGAAAUUAUAUCUCAAACCACGGCGUACUUGCUGAUUCGCAAAGUAUAAAGUAUUAAGUAAAAAUGCGAAAAUUUUCAUCCGUCAAAGGCUUUCAACCCCUACAAUUAAAAGGAACCAAAUAAAUAAAAAUUUGCAAUACAAUAAAAAGAAAUAAAAUAUAAAUUAACAGUACAAUAAAAUGAAUAAAAUAAACAGAAAUUAACAAUUCAAUAAAAACAAAUAAAAUAAACAGAAAUUAACAAUUCAUUAAAAACAAAAAAAAAUAAACAGAAAUUAACAAUAUAAUAAAAAUUAAUAAAAUAAAAUUUAUUAUACAAUAAAAAUUAACUCAAUAAUGCUUUUCCUCAACAUCUCCAUGACUGAAACACAUUGUGGCCAGAACGUUCCACAUUUGUUAAUAUAUCAUAUUAGAUGAACAUUUUAUAAAAAAUCACCAGAGGCCUCACUCACAAUUGGAAAACACUCUUUAAAUGUUGUUUUGAGAACGUUCCUACUUUGUAAUCAAAGAACAUAAUCUGUGUUCCUGACUACAUCUUUUGAAUGUUGACGCUAAAAGAAUCAUAUUAACUUUACAGGAACAUUUCUGGAAAUGAAAAUAUUUGUAAAACGUAGUUUAAACAUUAGACUAAAACAUGAUUAGAACCUGCAGCUAAUGUUAGCCAGAGUGGUGGGAACGUUCUCCUGUGGAGCUUCAGAACCUCACCCUCCGCUAUGUUUCAUGUUUCAGAAUGGGAAGCGCCUUUAUAGAAGUGGCAGGAAGUGGAUUCAGGCUGAUCCUGGUUCUGGAGAGACCGGUUCCCUCCGGAGGGCAGCGGAGGUUUGCUGGAGGAGGCGGAGGCCAAGCCUCCAUCCAGCCGUCCGUGGAAAGGGGAUCUCUCUUUGAAUUGCCUUUCCCGAGGUUUCUUCCCAUCUUCCAUGGGGAGUUUUUUCUCGUCUUCAUAGAGAGCUUGGGCUGGAUCAAGACCUCCUCAAAAAUAAAACUUCAUUAUAAUAAAUAAAACAUCAUUAUAGAUUAUUUCCAGAUUACAUUUAGAGUUACAUCCUGGUUAAUAAGUUGUUUACACAAAACCAAGUUGAGCUGCACAUUUUAGAGGACAUUGUACAUUUAUUAUAUAAUGUAUUAAAGAGCUACUUUACAGAUUCAGAUUAAUAAUUCAAAAUAUAAGUUCUGGUGUAUUAUUAGAUGCUUUUUUUUCCCCUAGUGGAAAUUCACAAGAUGUAAAAUAAAUAUAAAUUAAAGCCAGCCUCGGCUUUACCAGCUGCAAAAUUAAAGUUAUCUACAUGCUAAUGCAUUUAAAAGGUGUAAUCCUGUUAUAUAAAAUACACUUUUACAAGUUAAUUAAAUUAGUUAAAUGCAUGGUUGCAAGAUUACAAGCCCAAGGUACUGAUUUAGCUAAACCUUUUAAGUUGCAAACAUUUAUUUAUGUUUAUAUUGUUUUGACAUAAUAACGUUUCACCAACUUAAUAUUGUGAAUAAUUUAAAAUUGGAUUUUUUGCUGGAGUUGAUUUAAAACUAAAUUCAAAUUGAAGUAACUUCCAUCUUCAGUCUGUUCAGACUUCCGUGGAGAGUGACUCCAACGAGUUUAGCCUAUUUUUGUCAGGCUUUGCCGUCUGGCAGAGUCGUAUCUAUUGGUUGAAAGCAGAGGAUCUGUGCUUGACGGGGGUUUGGGUGGUGCUCGGUGGAGCUUGUGGGCGGAGUCAGUGAGGACUUCACCAGGGGGUUGGGCCCGGGCAGCAAAAGGUCAGGGGUCAUCGCUUCUCGGCCUUUUGGCUAAGAUCAAAUGUAGGAUCUGUUCUUAUCAGUUUAAUAUCUGAUACGUCCUCCAAUGUGAGGACUAUAUAUUAAAUGGAUUUUUAGCACUGGGAGCUGAAAGAGGGGUUUGCUCCUUUCACUCCACGCAUCGACCUGGUACUGCAGUGCUGCCAGGAACGGUGCAUCCUUCUCUGGCCUUGUAGAAUGGAAGUAAAACAAGCUAAUAACAACGCUCUGGCAGAUUGGGCAGUGACCACCAAAGCUGUCAAACAAAGCCAGCAGCACCAGCUGCUUCUGUGGCGUCGUCAUGCUUACGCAACUCAGUUUGAAGAGAGAGUGGUUUUCCUCUUGGCAGUGGACGGCAAAGGUCUUCAGUCACACUAUCCAAGUCAGAUCUUUCUGCACGGGUUUCAGCGAGUUGGAGAAAGAACAGAAGGGUCGAACGGUGAGCUUUCAGUCACACUAUGGUCUCACAAUGGGUGGAAGUGCAAAAGUAGCUGCUUGGUGGCUCGUGGCCGUUCCACCAUCAGCACUGAGAACACACACAGCCACACAAUUCUGGAAACACAAUGGUGAGACCGGUGAAAGUGAAAAAUGGCUCCUCAAAUGCAGCACAGUACAGGACAAGGCAGCCUGGUGUCACGUUGCGCACAACAAAGCAAGCAUCAUUCUUGCAAAUUCCUUGUCCGUACCCUAGCAGUGGUUGUUCCUUGAGGACAGCGUUGCUCACGGCAGUUAUCCUGUGUGAAAGCUACAUUUGAAACGUUCUUUCUUGACUCAGUUGAGUUCAGUGAAGUGGCCAGAAAAUGUGGCCAGACGUCCUGCGGACCUGUGGGUGGCCCGCUGUUGAGUAUCACUGGGCUCCCACAGUGUCAGGCUGAUUGGAUGAAGCUUCAGUGUGUUGUAUUGUAUGUCUUUAAGGAUGUUUUUAUUUGAGUCAUUUUGUGGUUUAUUUUAUUUUCCAUCUAUUUAUGUUGUUUAUUGUUUUAUUUAGUUAAUUUUGUUUCACUUAUUGGCUAUUUCUGUCUCAUUUAACAUCUCUGUAUUUCAUUUUGGCCUAUUCAUGUUUCAUUCUGCUAAUUUACCUCUUGAUUUUUUUGUCCAUUUUAAUAAUUUUGUGGCUCAUAUUUGGCCAUUUCGCACCUCUUAAUUACCUUUUUUGUUCUACUUUGUUACUUUUGUUGUAUAUUUUGUUUAUUUUAUAUCCCAUUUUGAUCAUUUUGUGUUUAAUUUUGGCCAUGUUGUUUCUCAGUUUGAUCCUUUUCUAUCUUUCCAUGUUGUUUUUAGUUCCAUUUUGGUCAUUUUGCAUGUGUUCAUGGAUUCUAAUUUUCCAUGUUGGACAUUUUACCCACUUCAGUCAUUUUAUAUGGUUUUAUGUGAUUGUUCUUGUCCCAUAUGGGUGAUUUUGUGCCUCCCUGUGUCUCCACACUUGUGGAAACAAAUCUCACAAACAAAUCAAGCACUUGUCCUGUAACUUUGUCCUGUGCAGAGACCAUCAGCGACCCUUUAGAGGGCUGCAGUCAGCGAGGAGAGAAGAGGAAAGCUGCUGAUGCUGCUGAAGCUCCAACUAAAAAGAGGAGUCUUCAACUGGUGGAGGACAGAGUAGAGCUGUCAGAAGAGGAACAAAGAGCCCAAUUCGACAGCAAAUACGAGCAGCAGCAUCAGCUCAGAGAAGGAGGUUGUGGGUCCGUGUUCGCCGGCCGCCGCAAAUCAGACAGUUUGCUGAGAGAAUGUUGGGGCGUCGUCCUGCACCAGGUCACCCACCCCACUGGCGAUGGUGGCCCUCCACCCGGACGGCAUCCCCCCCUCGAUUGUGGAGCAUCUGAUCUCCACAUCCCUCCUCCUGACUCUGACUGUUUUUCUUGCCUUCGCGAUGCUCCAAAUCUGCUCCCGGUCGAUCCUCCCCAUCUGAUCCAGCAGGUGGCUGAUGGUAAUCAGGUCUGCAGCCUCGAGGGAACCACCUGGGAGGGGCCUCACCUGGUGCAUAAUGUCCGGGUUGUGGAAGAUCGGCUGUGCCAGCACCUGAGCCUUGGUGUUGACUUGGGCCUUCACCAGUGGUCGUGCCAACCCCCACGCCUCCAUGACCUCCCUGUAAAAACUGUCUCGCUGGGCAUAGUGAGUAUGUGGAGCUAUCUGACACAGUUGAAAAUUCCCUAAGCUGCUGAUUUCUUUAAGCUGUUGUGUGAAAAAUCUUUCCACAGCGCUUGUUGUUUUUGUCCAAAUGCUUAAUAAUGAUUUUGUUUCUAAAUGCUAAUUUUUUUGUGUGAAUGUCUAUUAAGUUUAAGCCUCCUUUCUUGUAGUCGUCUAUUAUUGUUCUGUGUGCUACCAGGUUACUUUUGCCUUUCCAAAGAAAUGUAGUUAUUAGAUUAUUGAUUUUUGCAAGUACUGCGUUGGGGAGGUCAUGGACAGCCAAUGUGUGUGUUAACUUUGACAAAAUGAGGGAGUUGGUCACGACCACCUUGCCCCUCAGGGUCAGCCCCCACAUCUUCCACAACCCGAACUGACCUGGGAGUUUGACCAGAAGCCCCUCCCAGGAUUUGUCCCUCGCUGCCGCAGCAUCGCUGCCAAUGUAAACCCCCAGAACCUUGACGCUCUCCUGGGCCUCUUCAAAUCCCCAAAUGUUUGGCGGCCGAGCCACCGAGCCACAAAACAUGAUUUGUGACUUUUCUGUGUUCACCCGUGCUCCCGAUGCUCUACAAAAAGUGUCCAGGUGUGUGAUUACACUGUCCACCUGUUCUGAGUUCUUGAGAAAUAAGUUUGUGUCAUCUGCAAAUUGUACUAUUUUAAUGUGUCUUUGUGCUGGUGUUAUGAUCCCCGUUAUGUGCCUGUCUGUGAUAAUCAGCUGGGCCAGUGGCUCGGCCACCAAACUGUACAAAAGCACAGAGAGAGGACAGCCCUGCCUGAUUGAGUGUUGGAGUUGGAUUGGUUUUGUUAAGAACCCAUUGCAUUUUAUUUGACUGUGUGCGUUGUUGUAUAAUAAUUGUAACCAGCCCAUGUACCUGCUCCUAAACCCCAGUGUCCUCAUUAACCUCCAUAAAAAAUUGUGUUCUACUCUGUCGAAUGCUUUGUUGAAAUCUACAGUGAUGUAAAUCCCCCCCUCCUGUUGUAACUGCUGCACCCCGUGUUUAACUGUUAGUAUUGUGUCUGAAAUUUCUCUUCCUGGUAUGCUGUAUGACUGUGUGUCUCCUACUAUGUGAUGUAUGACGUUUUUCAACCUGUUUGCUAAUAUUUUUGCUAGUAUUUUGUAGUCUGUAUUGAGUAGACUGAUUGGUCUGUAGUUCUUCAGGCAGGAUCUGUCCCCCCUCUGUUUGUACACCAGACUUACCAAUCCUAGCGUCAAGGUUCUGGGGGUUGACCUCUGCUCCUCCAUACUUUGGUAGAGGGAGAGGAGGACUGGGGCCAGCAGGUCUCUGAAAGAGAUGUAGAAGUCAGCAGUAAUACCGUCUGAGCCAGGGCUUUUGUUCCUCCCAAGUCCACCGAUGGCUGCCUCCACCUCUCCUAAAACCAGGGGUGAGUCACACCAUUCAGCCUCCUCAGGAGGAAGUCGGCUGUUCAGGGUCCCCAGCGCUCUCUCAAGAGCCUCUCCUUCCACACCUUCACUGGAAAAAACUCCUGAUAAAAGUGCUCCACCUCAUCCAAUAUUUCCUGUUUUGUCAAGUUUCUUUCCUUCCUCAGUUAUUAAUUCUUUAAUGAAGCACUUUUCCAGUUUUCUUUUUUCUAAUCCCAAAAACAGGCUGUGCACCUCUCUCCCUCCACUGCAUGCUUUGCCUGACUCCUUGUUAUUGCACCUUUGCAUUUUUUUAUUUCUAUUACUUCCAGUUGUUUUUUAAAGCACAAAUACUUUGUUAAAUCAUGUGUUUGACCUUCUCCUUUUUUCCAGCUCUAUUUUUAUUUGCUGCCUUAUUUUAAAUUCCUCCUUGUUUUCCUCCCAUCUUUUUUGCUUGCUGUAGUUUAUGCACAUCUUCUUUAUCCUUUCUUUUACUCCUUCCCAUCACCAUAAUUUGUCCUCUGUAAAGUCAAUUUCCUCCACUAUGUUUGCUAAGAAACUCCUUGCUCUUCUUAUAAACUUUUCAUCCUCCAAUAAACUGUUUUUCAGACACCAGGAGCCACCAUUCCUGGUCAUCCCUGUGUGAUCUAGGUCAACCUCCAUAGAAGAAUGAUCUCACCACAUGUUUUCUUUGUAUUCCACUCUGCUCACUCUUUGGACUAUUUCUGGAGAAACUAAGCAGAAGUCAAUCCUAGUUUGUUUUAAGAUCCCUUCCACCACUUGUUGUCUUGAAAAUUGUUUAUUAUUUGGGUUUAGGCUCCUCCUUUUAUCUAUUAAGUUAUUUUGUUCCAUUAAGUUAAUUAGCUCAGUCCUACUACUGUCUUUUUUAUAUUUAUUUUCAUUUGUCCUGUCCAGCUUUGACAGACACAUAUUAAAAUCUCCUAUUAUGAAGCA